AAAUAUGUUAGCUUUAUGAUUUGUUUCUGGUGACCCACAUUCUUAAUUCACAGUUCCCUUAAGAAGAUUCUUUGAAAUCUCUUCUUUUGUCAAGUCUUAAACAGAAAUUACAGAAGCCAACCAUUAAUGCUGCUCACCUCUUUGUCUUUAAUGUUCUUAUCACCUUCCUCCUUAGCUUCCCCAGUUUCUUUCUCAUCUAUGUGUUAAUACGACAAACACACACACACAAGAACACCGAACAUUCUCAUCCAAGACUUCUGCACUUGUCUUCACUCCCUUUACUCUCUUUCUUCUUCUGCUGCUUUUAGUUUUCUUGACUUGUUCAUUGAUUUGGUUAUAAACUCGAGAGGAGCGUCUAGGAUCACGAACUGUGUUUAAUUUCUUUGACUAGCCGUUCCUCUCUGAGUUUAAGUUCUUUGUCUCCUGAGUUCUUGGAAACAUUGUGUGUGAGUUUUCAAAUUCUAAAGCAAAAAGACUCUUAUAUUGGUCUCUUUCACUUUCCUCUUCUGCUAAUUUAUCAUGGCUCAUUCAAAGGUUUUGCCUUUGGUCUUUCUUUCAUGGUUUUUGUUCUUACAAAGCACCCAUCAACUUCCAAACUCUCAGACCCAAGACCUGUAUCAGCUCAGGAAGCAUCUAGAAUUCCCCAAAGCUUUGGAAUCUUGGGGAAGUUACUACGGAGACUUAUGUCAAAUCCCUGCAACUGCUCAUAUGAGCAUUUCCUGUGAAGGUAAUUCCAUCACAGAGCUAAAAGUCAUGGGGGACAAGCUUUUAAAACCAUUUGGUAUGUUUGAUGGAUCUUCACUACCAAACCGUACUCUCUCCGAAGCUUUCUUAAUUGAUUCUUUUGUUACAACACUGACAAGGCUUUCAAGCUUGAGGGUUCUUAGCUUAGUGUCACUAGGUAUAUUUGGUGAGUUACCAGCGAAGAUCCAUCGGUUGUAUUCACUCGAGUCUUUGGAUUUGAGUUCAAAUUAUCUGUUUGGUUCUGUCCCUCCUGAUAUUUCCAGAUUGGUUAAGCUUCAAAGUCUGAUGCUAGAUGGAAACUACUUCAACGGUAGUGUUCCUGACACGUUGGACUCUCUGACCAAUCUCACUGUUCUUAGUUUGAAGAACAACCGGUUCAAUGGGCCAUUUCCUUCUUCAAUCUGCAGAAUUGGAAGACUAACAAAUCUUGCUCUCUCACACAAUGAGAUCUCUGGUAAAUUGCCUGAUCUCAGCAAGUUAGAGCAUCUCCAUAUGCUGGAUUUAAGAGAGAAUCACUUGGAUUCUGAACUACCUGUGAUGCCUAAAAGAUUGGUUACUGUUUUACUGAGCAAGAACUCAUUCUCUGGCGAAAUUCCAAGACAUUUGGGUGGUUUGUCUCAGCUUCAACAUCUUGACUUGUCGUUCAAUCAUCUUACUGGAACUCCAUCUCGGUUCUUGUUCUCCUUGCCAAGCAUUAGUUACUUGGACUUGGCAUCUAACAAGCUCAGCGGGAAGCUACCAUUUAAUCUGACUUGUGGAGGCAAACUUGGUUUUGUGGAUUUGUCGAAUAACAGAUUGAUUGGGACUCCUCCUCAUUGCUUGGCAGGCUCUUCAGGCGAGAGAGUUGUUAAACUCGGUGGAAACUGUUUGUCUAUAAAUAUCAGUUAUGAUCAGCAUCAAGAAUUCUCAUGUGAAGAGGCUGAAACUGAGAGGAAACAGUUACAAGGAAGGAAAAUUGGGACUUUAAUUGCUGUGAUUAGUGGAGCUGUUCUAGUUCUUGCGUUGGUUGCAAUCGGACUAGUCCUGUUAUGCACAAAACGCUCAUGUUGUUGCUGUUGUUCAAGAGGAAAGUCAGUACCGCAAACUCGGCUUAAGAUUCUGACAGAUAAUUCACACACCAGUCUCUCCUCUGAAGUCCUUGCUAGUGCAAGGUUAAUCUCUCAAACAGCAAAGCUAGGUGCACAAGGUGUGCCUUCAUGCCGCUCAUUUUCUUAUGAAGAGUUAAAAGAAGCCACAGUGGAUUUCCAUUCAUCACGUUUCUUAGGUGAAGGCUCCCUCGGAAAGCUAUACAGAGGAACAUUGGAAAAUGGAAGUUUUAUAGCUGUAAGAUGUCUGGUUUUAUCAAGAAAAUUCUCUAGCAAAAGUAUCAAAAGUCACGUAGAUUGGAUGUCUAAGCUCAACCAUCCUCAUCUCCUUAGCUUAUUGGGCCAUUGCACUCAAACCAGCGGAGAACAUGAUCAUGCAGCGACCAUACUCUACCUUGUUUACGAGUAUAUGCCCAAAGGGACAUAUCGUGAACAUCUAUCAGAGUCUUGCUCGGAGAAGAUCCUAACGUGGCCAGACCGGCUAGCAAUUCUGAUUGAGAUAGCAAAGGCAGUUCAUUUUCUUCACACUGGUGUAAUGCCUGGCUCCUUCAACAAUCAUCUGAAGACGAACAACAUUUUGCUUGACGAACACAAGAUUGCAAAGCUCAGUGACUAUGGAGUCUCUGCCAUCAUUGAAGAGAAUGAAAAGCUUGAGACAAAGUCAGAAACCAACAGCAAGUCCAAGAAACUGGCUAAAAGAGAGGAUGAUGUGUACAACUUUGGAUUCAUACUUCUGGAAUCUCUCAUAGGACCAUUGCCCACUACAAAAGGAGAGGCCUUUCUUCUCAACGAACUGACGUCAUUUGGAAGCCAAGACGGUCGACAGAAGAUAGUGAGUCCAACGGUACUAACAACGAGCUCUCAGGAGUCUUUAGCGAUUGCUAUCUCAAUCGCUAAUAAAUGCGUUUUGCUUGAACCUUCGGCACGGCCUUCCUUUGAAGAUGUUCUCUGGAACUUGCAGUAUGCAGCUCAAAUGCAGUCUGCUGCAGACGCUGAACGCAAAUCUGACACGUCACCAUGA